UGCCCACAGAGACCCACAGGGACCAUCCUUGUGUGAGGCGGCUGGCGGCGAGUCAUCUCAGCAGCGUCAACAUGUCCCGGCCCAGCAGCAGAGCCAUUUACUUGCACCGGAAGGAGUACUUGCAGAAUCUCACCUCAGAGCCCACCCACCUGCAGCUCAGGGUGGAGCACCUGCUGACAUGUAAGCUGGGGACGCAGGGAGUCCAGGAGCCCAAGGAUGCCCUGCAAAAGCUGCAGGAAAUGGAUGCUCAGGGCCAGGUGUGGAGCCAGGACUUGCUCCUGCAGGUCAGGGAUGGCUGGCUCCAGCUGCUGGACAUCGAGACAAAGGAGGAACUGGAAUCUUACCGCCUGGACAGCAUCAAGGUCAUGGACGUGGCACUCAACACCUGCUCCUACAACUCUGUCCUGUCCAUCACUGUGCAGGAUUCAGGCCUGCGAGCCACUAGCACUCUGCUUUUCCAGUGCCAGGAAGUGGGGGCAGAGCGACUGAAGACCAGCCUGCAGAAGGCUCUGGAGGAGGAGCUAGAGCAAAGACCCCGAUUUGGAGCCCUUCGCCCAGGUCAGGACAGAUGCAGGGGGCCUCUCCUGGAAAGGCCGAUCCCUAAGGAGCAGGUACCUCCUCUGGAGUGUAGACCCCUUCCAGAACAGCACCACUGGAUGACCCCAGAGCACAACACACCGCCAACCCCAAGGCCCCUGCCACACCACUCCAGCAUCCAAAAGUCAAGUGCCUUCACUUUGCCUCCUUCGAGGAGGUCCCCAUCCCCUGGGGACCCAGAACGGGAUAAGGAGGUGCUGAACCACAUCCUAAGCGACAUCGAGCUAUUCAUGGGAAAGCUGAAGGAGGCCCAGUCAAACACCAGUCGUAAGAAGAAGAGACAGGGGAAGAAAAGGAUGAAGAAAAAGAUAAAGAAUCAGGGGGGGAUAACAGAGGCACAUUACAUCGACUGCUUCCAGAAGAUCAAGUACAGCUUCAACCUCCUGGGAAAGCUGGCCAUGAUGCUGCAGGAUACAAGCGGCCCCGUGUUCGUACACCUCCUCUUCCAAACUCUGAACUCCAUCCUGGAGCAGUGCCCUGAGCCUGGCCUAGCAGCCCAAGUGAUCUCACCCCUCCUCACCACCGAGGCCAUUGACCUGCUGCAGUCCUGUCUAAGCCCACCUGAGAGUAACCUCUGGAAGGGGCUGGGCAUAGCCUGGACCACCAGCCAGGCCAACUGGACAGGCAGUGAGCCCCUGCCCUACCAACCCACAUUCUAUGACGGUUGGCAGAUUCCAGAACCUUCCUACCAGGCACUUUCAAGAUACCAAGACUCUACUUCCUUCCGCGGGGGAAGCCCUAGGUUAGGGAGCAACUUGCACUUUGCUCAAGAGGAGACACACAACCAUGGACCCCAGCCAGUGCCCUCCAGACCCGGACCUGUCAAGCCAGACCUGAAAAUGCAAGUCUUAUAUGAGUUUGAAGCUAGGAACCCACGGGAACUGACUGUGUUCCGGGGAGAGGUACUGGAGGUUCUGGACCAGAGCAAGCGGUGGUGGCUGGUGAAGAAUGAAGUGGGACGGAGUGGCUACAUCCCCAGCAACAUCCUGGAGCCCCUGCAGUCGGGGUUCCUUGGAAGCCAGAGCGAGUCGCCCCUUCGGGCCCCAGGGCUUCGACUUAGCUCAAGGCCCGAGGAGGUCACAGCCUGGCUGCGGGCAGAGAACUUCUCCACUGUCACCGUGAAGACACUCGGGUCCAUGACGGGGCGCCAGCUGCUUCACAUGAGACCUGGGGAGCUACAGAUGCUGUGUCCCCAGGAGGCCCCACAGGUCCUGGCACGGCUGGAGGCUGUCAGAAGGAUGCUGGGGAUGAACCCUUAGGCAGCAACUCAAACACCUCCAAGACCAAGACUUUCUCACAAGCAAGAUGGCGGAUCUGAUAACUCUUUAGAGCCCCAAGAAUUCUUCUUUCAGGCCCCCAGGUUGCAGCGAACCCCACACCCCAGCUCACACAGCAAAGAAGAUGAGCAAGCCCAGAGGUUGAGACAAAUAGUGCCCCUUCUUGCUGUGUUGAGAGCUCUCCGCAGUUGCCACCUAUUUAUUGCAUCUCUUUCCUGAGCC